AGCUGUGGGUCUAUCGGAAACAGUCUCUCUCCUUUACCAGAGGUAGUGGUAUGAUCUGCGUACACUCUAUCCUCCCCAGAUCCCAUUAUGUUGGAAUAUAUCGGAUAUGUUGUUGUUGAUCUUGUUCUUUUACUAUUCAUUUUCUAGAUUGUUUUAUCUUGAGUCGGGGGUCUGUCGAAAACAACCUCUCUAUCUUACCGUUGAGGUAGUGGUAUGAAAAGCGUACACUUAUCCUCCUCAGGUACCGCUUGGUGGAAAUAUACUGGGUUUGUUUUUAUUGUUGUUGCAGUAGUAGUAUAAUGUUGGUUGUUUAAGAUGAAUUUAAAUGAAAAAGAAUGGCGAAUAAUGAUUUAUACAGUCGAUUUCAACUUGUUUGAUACAAAGGCGUAGUUGUUUGUUGCCUCACACUUUCAGCGCGACGCGUUGCAAUGUAGCAACUUGUUAUUUUUGUAUCAUAAAUUUUAUACUAAUUGCAUCGGGCUGUCCUUUUUUUUUUCUUUCUGCUCUAUCUUCUUCAAAGUCUAAGCCGGGGUCUAUCGGAAACAACCUUUUUACUUUUUCAAAGGUGGUGGUAUGGACUGUGUUCAUCUUACCUUCUCUAGAUCUCACUUCGUGGGAAUACACUGAGUUUGUUGUUGUUAUUGUAUCUUCUUCAAAGCUUAAAUGAUUCACCGUCGUGUAGUGUUUUCAUUAUGUGUAGGGUUCGAGGAUAUAAUGGUCACAUAUAAUCGUGUAGGGUUUUCGUUAUGGGUAGGGUUUGAGGAUAUCAUGGUCACAUAUAAUUAGAGGCGAAUUUAAGAUUUAUAAAUAAAUAUGUUAAGAGUUUUGAGUUUUGUAGGAUGAUGACGAUCAGGUGCUACUUUUUGCUGCCACGUGUUUGCUGCGUUGUUCAUGCAAACUUUAAGCAUGACAUUCAAAUUCUCAAAUCAAUCUUUUAAAAUAAUUUUAAAUUUCAUAGCAUGAUUUGAAAUUAUGAAAUAAAAUUAUAUGUCGAAAUAUUAAUUUAAUCUCAUGAUUUUAAAUUGUGAAAUGAAAUUAUAUUUCCAAAGGCUUAAUACUUUUUCAAUUUCAUUUUAGUUGAUCAUUAUUAUCAUAUUAUCGCUACUAAUUGUUAUUUAGAUUAUUAUUUCUUAAAAAUAAUUUGAAGAAUAAAUAAUUAAUUCUUAGAAAUCAUUUGAUUUGAGGUAUAAGGUAUAAUAGUCUUGCAAUAAAAUGCAGGAUUAUUUUAUUCCGUCAUUUAUACUUGAGCAAUGAGAUAACUUAUUUCAUACAUAUGAUGUGAUGAUUAAUCUCAAAAAAUUAAUUAUUUUGAGAUAACUUAUUUUUAAUUAAACAACUUUGAAAAUAUUUUUUUGUUUUUUUUUAUAUGUCAAAAGUGGCGAGUAAAAAUAAAAUUUUUCAUUUUAGAAUUGCGUGACAAAUAAAAAUGAACGAAGCGAAGAAAUAAGAUGAAUAAUAUGGAACAAUCGGUAGUGGACAUGUUUGUCUUUUCUUCAUAUGUCAAAAGUGUCCAGUAAAAAUGAAUUUUCAUUGUAGAAAGAGUAAAUGCUCUGUUUCUACUCUGAAUUAUGCACGAAAUUGUUGAGACAUAUCUGAAUUUUAGGAGUGUCUUAUUACCCCUAAACUAAUUAAAAUCGUAUUUUUGACAAUCUUAGUACCUACGUGGAACAUACGUGGCACAUCAGUGAAUCAACAUACUGAAGAUUCACAUAGGCAUAUGUAUGUGCCACGUAAGAACUAAAAUUAUCAAAAAUACGAUUUUAAUUAUUUCAGGAAUAAUAGGACCCUCCUAAAGUUCGAAUGUGUCUCAACAAUUUCAUAAAAAUAAGAUGAAUAAUGAAUUAAUGGAUAAUGAACACGUAAAAAUAAACAGAGUGGUAGCAGCUUGGUGCAGCUCAUUUUGGGGAAAGAGCGCGGUUGAAAAGUAGUUAGCCAAAUCUCUCAAUUAAAUUUAAAUUAAUCCAAUUUAAAUUAAGUAUAAAUACUUAAUUAACUCCACUUCGCCCCCCCCCCCCCCCCCCCCAGCCUUCUCUCUCUCUCUCUCUUCAACCGUUUCUCCUUUAUAUUCUCAAUUACUAAUAAUUUUUUCCGUUACACUCAUUUCCACCGUCACCGUCACCGCAUUAUUAUAGCCGGAGAUGUUAAACACAUUGUUGCCGACGACUACGGCGACAGCGACUACGACGGCUAGUGGUGGUGGUGUUGGAGGUGCUACGGGGAAUUCGGUUUUGUUUGUUCGUCGUAUAGCGACGGUAGCGUUAUUUGCAUCGUUAUGUUGUUUUGUGAUAUACAGAGGAGGAGAAAACCUCGGGUUAAUGAUACCUGGUUCGUUCACCAGCUCGCGUGGCUCCUUUUUUCUACCCGUAAAUGAUGUCAAUGCCAAUAUCUCUGCUGUAGCAGCUUCAUCGGAUAGUGAGGAGUACAAGCUUGAGAAUGUGUUGAAGAAUGCUGCUAUGGAUGAUAAAACAGUGAUCUUAACAACAUUGAAUGAAGCAUGGGCUGCUCCUAAUUCAGUUGUUGAUCUGUUUCUUGAAAGUUUUAGGAUUGGAGAUCACACCCGUCGGCUUUUGAAUCAUUUAGUGAUUGUUGCUCUUGACGAGAAGGCGUUCUCCAGAUGUUUAGCUGUACAUACUCAUUGCUAUGCACUAGUAACUGAAGGUGUUGAUUUUUCAAAGGAAGCUUACUUCAUGUUCCCUGACUACUUGAAGAUGAUGUGGAGAAGGAUUGACUUUUUGAGGGUGGUGCUUGAAAUGGGAUACAACUUUGUCUUCACGGACGCCGAUGUUAUGUGGUUCAGAGAUCCAUUUCCUCACUUUCACGAGGAUGCAGACUUUCAGAUAGCAUGUGAUCAUUUCUCAGGCGACCCAGAUGAUGUGGAGAAUAGACCUAAUGGUGGUUUCAGUCAUGUAAGGUCGAAUAAUAGAUCAAUUGAAUUUUACAAGUACUGGUAUUCGUCACGAGAGAAGUAUCCAGGUUUGCAUGAUCAAGAUGUUCUUAACAAUAUCAAGAGUGAUUCUUUCAUUUGGGAUAUUGAUCUCAACAUGAAAUUCUUGGACACAACAUACUUCGGUGGAUUUUGUGAACCUAGCAAAAAUCUGAGUGAAGUAUGCACAAUGCAUGCUAAUUGCUGUUUUGGGCUGGAAACCAAACUUCACGAUCUUAGAAUCCUUCUUCAAGACUGGAAAAACUUCUUGUCGUUGCCACCAGCAGAGAAGAUAUCAUCGAAGUUAUCAUGGAGAGUUCCUCAAAACUGCAGUCUUGAUUCUCUUCGGCGCUAUGCUCCGCCACCAGUGAACAUAACAGUUGAACAGACAUAGAAGAUUGGUUGAAAUUUUGUAACUUUAGUUGCUUUUGCUCUUUUAGAAAUAUGAAGUAAUUGAAAAGGUAAAGAAAAAUUUCCUUUUCCA